CUUCACAGGCCCGUGGCAGCGUCGGAAUUUUGGCGUCACACAGGUUAAAAGAUCGCAGGCAGUUUUUCUCCUUUGUUCCAGCGCCAGUGUUCUUGGGAUGUCAACAUCUCUAGGCUUCGAUCUUUUUCACCAGGUCUCGCGAGUGUCUUAAAUGGGCUCUGAAAGGGAAAAAUUUGUACACUCGGACACGCCAGUGUGGACUCUUGCGCAUGUGCAGUGACCCCAAGGCGCCGAGAGCCAGCUCUGAGUCUAGUCCCUCUGGUGUAGUGCUCUCCCGGAGCGGUGUCCCUGCGUGGCGUCUUCAGAAUGUCUGCCCCGUUUGAGGAGCGCAGCGGGGUGGUUCCUUGCGGGACUCCGUGGGGACAGUGGUACCAGACCCUGGAGGAGGUGUUCAUUGAAGUCCAGGUGCCCCCGGGCACUCGCGCGCAGGACAUCCAGUGCGGCCUGCAGAGUCGGCACGUGGCUCUGGCCGUGGGUGGCCGCGAGAUCCUCAAGGGGAAGUUGUUUGAUUCUACAAUUGCUGAUGAAGGAACAUGGACUUUGGAGGAUAGAAAAAUGGUCCGCAUUGUUCUGACAAAAACCAAGAGAGAUGCCGCAAACUGUUGGACUUCUCUUCUAGAAUCUGAAUAUGCAGCUGACCCCUGGGUGCAAGACCAAAUGCAGAGAAAACUUACAUUAGAGCGAUUCCAGAAAGAAAAUCCUGGUUUUGACUUUAGUGGAGCAGAAAUCUCAGGGAACUACACAAAGGGUGGACCAGAUUUCUCGAACCUUGAGAAAUGACUGCUAUUGCUUAGUUUUCCUGUCUUGUGGAUCCCGGCAGGUGCUGGCAACUCAAUGCAGCUGAUGAUGUGAAGGACGAAACAUCCGAUGUCUACGGUUAAAAGAUUGCAAAGUGUAUUUCAAUAUGGUUGUAAAAGAUUACUUUCAGAUAUGGUUUGCAUAGGAGAUAUAGAAGCUUUCCUGUGGAUAGAUGGUAACUUUUAUUGCUCUGCAUUAAGUUUUAUAUGCUACAUUUUCAUAUUUAAUUGUAUUUUUACUACAAACACAUUGGAGUACAAAUCAUAUGAAAUGAAAAGGUGCCUUCAUGGAAAAAUAUUUUUUUGUGUGUGUGAUGCAAAAAUAAUGUUGAGUAAAUUUGAGUAAGAAUUGUGUACCCUUUGUCUAAAUAUGCUCUCUGUACACAGAAAGUACAGAACUGGAAAAUUUUUAAUAAAGGAAAAAAGUACACCGAAGUACUUUGGAUAACUUGAGUUAGUGAAAAAUUCUAACUGGUUUGGUGCUGCCUAAGUGAUUAUGUGAAGAAAUUGAAAAAUGUUAAAACACUAACUAACAGCAGAAGCGUUAAUUGCCUCUUACUAUCUGAAAACAAUUUAGACCCCUGAGUAUAAGUCACUGGCUUCAUUUAAUUUUAAUGAUUCAGACAGAUGGUCUAGAAAAAAAUUCUUUCAUCCUCUUUGUGUUUUUUAAUUCUUAAAAAAAAAAUUGAAGUGUGUAAAAAGCUUACAAGUAAAAUACUAACAAAUUGAAAAUCUUAACACUUUUUUCCUAAUAAAUUGACAUGUUGUCACCUCA